CAGGAGUAUUCAAUAGAUUCAUAUUGACUGCUGUGUGUUAAGUCCUACCUCAGAUCCUUCAGUGUGUCUUGGAGGGGUGAUGUUUCGAAGUCACAACACCUUGCUACUGGGGUUCCUCAAGGCUCAGUACUUGGACCACUUCUCUUCUCCAUCUACAUGACGUCAUUAGAAUCUGUCAUUCAGAAGCAUGCCUUUUCUUAUCACUGCUACGCUGAUGACACCCAACUCUACUUCUCAUUCCCACCAGAUGACCCGACGGUAGCUGCUCGCAUUUCAGCCUGUCUGAGUGACAUCCUAGUGGAAAGUGCUUUAAAAGUGUCAGACUUUCACCAAGCAAAAAGAUACCUGGUCACAUCAGAUGAGCUACAGAGAAGAUGCUCUCUGCCAGAGAGCUACUCUGCAAACACUAUAGUGGCUUAUCUCCGGAAGGCCAAGGGACAAAAAAAGAAAAUUAUAGAGGAGUUGGAGGUGAAGCCCUCAAAGCGUACAAAGUUAACUUCACAGUGCUCCAAACUUUGUGAAGAUGAAUGCAGAGAUCUGGCUGGUGACAUCAUGUACCUGGCAACAAAAUUCAUCCCCCAGAAAAAAGUGGCUGAAGCCCUGUUGGAAGAGGGAAAUGUCAAUGAAGCCAUGUUCAAAACAGAAGACUGCAGGAAGACCAUGAAAGCUUUACAAGAAGCUUUGGAGAAUAAUUGGGAAACAUUUGGCCUGGCAACACAUGGUCUUGGUCCUGCUGUGAUUAAGGGCACUUUUACAAUAAUUGAUGCCUGUCUUAAGGAAAAGAUAAGAGCACUGAAAUCAAAAGUCUCCAAAGAUGAGUAAGAUUUCACCCCACUUUAUUUAGUACUUCCAUUGUUUCAAAUGAUUGUUUCUUGUUGAUUGUCACUGUUCAGCAGUACAAAAAAUAAAAUAAAACAAAACAUUACAAGAUGUCUUUUUCAUCUGCACUACACAUGCUAGCC